UUUAUAGCCUGCCAGUAAACCGAAGAAGAAGAAGCAGCAGCAGAAGAAGAAGAAACCGAAAGUGAAGCGCGUUAAACGCAGAGGUUUACGCAUGCAGCAUCAUUAUCGCUCAUUCGUAGCAUCUGUGAAAUUCAUCUCUAAAAUGCAGAAACAGAGAAACGCGUGUGUGUUGCAGUGUGUGUCUCUGGAGUCGCCUGUGGGAGAGCUUCUGCUGAGUGGCUGUGAGAAAGGAGUACACACCAUCACUAUUGCUGUGGAAACAAAACACAGGCCCGGGCUCAUUUCGGACCAGGCAGAACUGAACUCGGAGCUUCAGCAGUGUGUUACGUGGCUCCAGAGUUACUUUCGUUCUGCACAGUCAGUGAGCUCUUUGCCUUUUCCUGCCUUACAUCACCCACUAUUGCAGGGAGACUCCUUCACUGCACGCGUGUUGAGGAUAUUGCAGUCGAGGGUACAAGUGGGACAAACUGUCUCCUACAAGGAGCUCAGCGAGAUGGCAGGAAACCCGAAGGCUGCUCGAGCAGUGGGCAGCGUCAUGAGGAGAAAUCCGGUUCCUCUGAUUGUGCCCUGUCAUCGUGUGCUGUGUAGCUCAGGCGAAAGUGGCAGAUACAUGGGAGGCAAAGGAGAUAAUAUUAAGCUGUGGCUGCUCUCUCAUGAAGAAAAGUCAGACCUAACUGCUUAACUGUUGACUACUGUUUAUAAUUUGGAUAAAACACCCUGAAAUGUUCACUGUUAGACAUUGUUUAUAUGCAAUAAGUGGGUGUAUGUUUUGCUUCAGUAACCAAAACUAAAGCAACGGUUUAUUCAGUUAAUCAUGUGAGUUAUUGUUAUAAUUGAUUUUACAGUUACUGCACACAGUUGCCUUACAUUACUGACCAAAAAGAUGGUAGUAAUGUUCUAUUGCUUCAGCUGGCAGGACUUAACCAGCUGUCUCUGAGUCACAGACUUUAGAGAAAGAAAAACUGGAAAGAUGUUAUGGAAAGAUAUGAAGCAUUCUUCAACCAAAGGCUGUAUAGUCUCAUUUGGUUUGUUUAAACACCUUUGAUAUAUGAAGAUAUCACUGUUCUGUAAAUAAUUGCUUAGUUGAUGAUAACUACUCAACUAUUCGCUACUCUAGUAACACUGAAACCAUUCACUAAUAAAGGAACGUUAUUUGCACUUUAA